CUUACCCUCACCUCUAGCCACUAUGUCCGUCAGCGAGCGCACCUACAUCAUGGUCAAGCCCGACGGUGUCCAGCGUGGACUCGUCGGCGACAUCAUCAGCCGCUUCGAGCGACGUGGCUUCAAGCUCAUUGCUCUCAAGUUCGUCCACGCCUCCCCCGAGCACCUCGAGAAGCACUACGCUGACCUCAAGGGCAAGCCCUUCUUCCCCGGUCUUAUUAAGUAUAUGGCUUCUGGCCCCGUCGUUGGCAUGGUCUGGCAGGGUCUCGACGCGGUUAAGACUGGCCGUGUCAUGCUCGGAGCCACCAACCCCCUUGCUUCUGCUCCUGGCACCAUUCGUGGCGACUUCGCACUUGCUGUCGGCCGCAACAUCUGCCACGGCUCUGACUCUGUCGACAACGCUGAGAAGGAAAUUCAGCUUUGGUUCCCUGAGGGCAUUGUUCAGUAUACCAACGACAACGAGAAGUGGAUUUUCGAGUAGACGCAUUGUCCCAUCAAAAAAAAUACAACAUAUAGCACUGGGCAUGUAGACAUCACAUUGUAUCAUAUCGGCUAUCGGGUCAAGUUCUGCGCGACAUGC